CAUCUGCGGGGGAGGGGUACAAGGGGUAUCCAUCACGCCGAGGUGACGGGGAUGCAAGAUUCAGGGAUGCACCUGUAAGAAAGAUAGAGGCCGAAGAAGCAUAGACUAUAGGCAAAAGGGGGAACGGGAGAGAACAAUGCAGGGAGCCUAGCAAGCAUAAGCAGGGCAUCUGAAGGAAAGCCGAGAGAGCCCGCUGAGAGUGAAAGUGAUGAGCUAGAGGCCUGGCAGAGGCCCAGGGGAUGGGGGCGGGACUUCCGGAAUCCAUUUGCCUGAGUGGCAGGGGAACCGGAAGUGGAGUAACUGCUGCUGGUGCUGGGGCCCGAGGAGGGACGCGCCAGAGCGGGGCCACCGGGACUGAGCGAGCGACAGACGCGCCACCCGCCGACUCCGCAGCCUCUUGGGGCCCGCACGGACCCUCUACCUGAGUGUAGAAUGAGCCAAGGAGAUUCAAACCCAGCAGCUAUUCCACAUGCGGCAGAGGAUGUUCAAGGAGAUGACAGAUGGAUGUCUCAGCACAACAGAUUUGUCUUGGAUUGUAAAGACAAAGAACCUGAUGUACUAUUUGUAGGAGACUCCAUGGUACAGUUAAUGCAGCAGUAUGAGAUAUGGCGAGAGCUUUUUUCCCCACUUCAUGCACUUAAUUUUGGAAUUGGGGGAGAUACAACAAGACAUGUUUUAUGGAGACUAAAGAAUGGAGAACUGGAGAACAUUAAACCUAAGGUCAUUGUUGUCUGGGUAGGAACAAACAACCAUGAAAAUACAGCAGAAGAGGUAGCAGGUGGUAUCGAGGCCAUUGUACAGCUUAUCAACACAAGGCAGCCACAGGCCAAAAUCAUUGUAUUGGGUUUAUUACCUCGAGGUGAGAAGCCCAACCCUUUGAGGCAAAAGAAUGCCAAGGUGAACCAACUUCUCAAGGUUUCUCUGCCGAAGCUCACCAACGUGCAGCUCUUGGAUACAGAUGGGGGCUUUGUGCACUCGGACGGAGCCAUCUCCUGUCACGACAUGUUUGAUUUCCUGAAUCUCACAGGAGGGGGCUAUGCAAAAAUCUGCAAACCUCUCCAUGAACUGAUCAUGCAGUUGCUGGAGGAAACACCAGAGGAGAAACAAACCACCAUUGCCUGACUGACCUCCAUCAGUGUUAAUAGUAUCCCAACUUCCUCAGAUCAGUUAUAUCACUGGCACUACAGAAUCCUCUUUCUUAAGGCACUUUGCAUUGUAGGAUGUUCCUGGAUGCUCAUAUCUAGUGUUUGAAGGGGAGGAGGGAUUUAAACUGGUCCUGUAUAUAGAAAGUUUGUCCAACACAGGAGAAAAAUUAGCCAAGGAAGAUUGUUAUUUAAAUUCAUUUGAAACCAGAAGGGGACUUUUUAGUUGUAUAUGUGACACCUUCAUUGAAUUAUCACUGUUUUUCCUAGAACAUCAUCAAGUCCACAUACUGAAAAAUACAAAGCUUUUUUUCUGUGAAUUAUGUUAUAUGUUCAUCAGAAUCAUAUCUACUUAGCUAUAAAACUUCAUUUUUUUCCCAUUUUUAAGGUUCAAAAUUUAGCCUUUUUGUAUUUUGUUUUACUUGUAUAUGCUCAGUAUUUUCUUAACAUACAGCGUCAGAUUAAACAUGGUUGUCACUCAAACAUGGGAGAUGCUACAGUUACAAGUGAAUCUGUUCCAGUCUUAAACUUUCCUAUGCUUAGUAGUGAAAAACAGGUAUUAUCCCAUCUGGGAAACUCUUUGGAGGACAUUAUUUUUAUGCUGCUGAAUAUCAUGUUUAUAAGAGAACCAAGCAUGCAGCCUUUUCUCCUCCUUCCCUCUCUUUUUACCACAUUUUUGACCAAGGACCUCAGUUUCUGGAAGUGUAAGUCCCCAGCCAGUUAUUCUCACGAUAUUGCUCAUAUAUAUAACUCAUUCUUGUGUGGUUGUCUGUGCUAUGGAGUCUGUGUAGUCUUAUUCAUAUUAAGAGUUCUGGUUUGUUUUUCCGUUAAAAACUGUUAUCAUUUAUAUUUUGGAAAAAAAAAUCAGAUCACCUUUCCCAUUCCAUAACAUCUGACGUUAUUUCAUGUUUUGUAUCUUAAGGUAUGUGGGUUGUUUUGUUUUUUCAGUUCUGGGGAUGAAACCUAGGGCUCACACAUCCUCGGAAUGUGCUCUAUCACUGAGCCUCACCCCCCAGUUCUAUAUUCUAUUUUUUAUGGGCUUAGUUCUUAAAUUUCAUCAGUCCAAAAAGAUUUGGCCUUUUCUAUGGAGAAACAGUGAAGCUGCUCAGAACAGACAUUCUAUAUUUAUCACAGCAUUUUAGUUUUAAAGAACUAGGUUCAUCUUUUUUUGGGGGGGGUACUGGGGAUUGAACUCAGGCCCUUGUGCUUGGUGAGGCAGGUGGUGGCACCACUGAGCCAAAUCCCUGGCCCAGUUCAUCUAACUUUUAAGAUUUCUUACUAAUGUAGCUUCAUCCAAUAAUUUCUUUCAAGAAAGGUCCUUAUAAUCUUAACGGCUUGCUUGAGCCAAAGGAACUGCCACUCAAAAGAAUAUGGAACAAUAAUUGCUUAUUAUUGAACAUACCUGUGAAAUAUGUAUAAACUGGAUCUACAAAUGUUUAAACUGGACCAGGUUGGGUAAUGAAGUAACCCAUCAAAAUGUGCACUGCAGUGAUUCUGUUUAAUAUUCAAAUUCAGUAACUAAAUGUGUGCUUUAUAAUCUACUCACGAAGCAGAUAGGGACGGAGGCUUUGUGUAUUAGAGUAAGGUUUAUUGAUCUGUGCUAAGACCCACUUCUGACUAGGAAGGAUAGAACUUGGGCUUUGUGUGUGUGUGUGUGUGUGUGUGAGUUGAGCCUCUUUCUAGGAAUUUGCUUUUGUCUUCUAAAGUUUUCUGAAUGUAUCAUGACUUUAACAGAAAAUACACAUGGUGUUUACUAAACUUGUUUACUAUAUUGAAAUUUCCUUUUUAGUAGCCCAGGUUCUUGAGUUUUUCAAAACAGAUUUUUUUUUUUCUAAGCUGAGGUAUAGUUUCAGGAAGAAGAGUAAAGUAAGCCAGAAUUUUGUGUGUGAAAGGACAGUUGCCUGUCUAAGUCUUUUUGUGUCUGUCAGAAGGUGGAAGUAUGGUCCAGAUAAAUCCAUUAGGUUACUCCUGUAGCAUUCG